AUGGGCGACCAGCCAAACCUCUUUCGAGAAGGGCCAACGAGGUUCGCUUCACAACUCCUAUCAACACUACCGCCGGACUUUGUAGUCAGGCACCAACUCGCCACAAAAUCCCCACAACAUAUUCUCCUCACCACCGCCGUCAUCACCACCUUCAUCCUCUGGCUCGCCCAAUACUUCUGGGCAAAACUCUUCUCCAACGACCGCGUCGAGCUCCACUACGGCCCCCGCUCAGUCGGCAUCCGCCGCGGCCGCCGCCCAAGCACCAGCGAUGGGGCUCAGAUACCCGGCGAAUCCCGGGUCGAGCGCAUCUCCCUCCUCAACCUCGUCCGCACCUCCUGCCCAACCCUCUACUCUUCCCAAAACCGCACAAACGUCUUUAAACCCAUCUGGUUCCUCUUCAACGGGCACCUGCAGACCUGUUACGCCUCGCUGUAUGCCGACUACGCGGGGAACAAAGUGGCCUACACUCGCGAACUCAUCUAUUUCGCCGACGGCGGAAAUGUCGCGCUCGACUCGCAUGAUGCGACGUUGACGGAACAGCAGAAAAGUGACCCGGAGACCCCGAUAGUGGUGGUGCUGCAUGGACUGACGGGCGGGUCGCAUGAGUCGUAUGUCCAGGAUGUGGUGCAUGAGGUUGGGGGGAGGGGUUAUAGGAGUGUGGUGUGUAAUUUUAGGGGGUGUGCGGAUACGGAGCUGACGUCCGCGCAACUUUAUUGUGGGGCCUAUACGGAUGAUGCGAGGUUAGCGGUCGAGCACAUUAGAAGAAAGUACCCGAGGGCGCCGUUGUUUGCGGUUGGAUUUUCUCUUGGGGCGAAUGUUCUCACUAAGCUUGUCGGCGAACUAGGCGACAAAUGCCCCUUCCUCGGCGCCGUCUCCGUCAGCAACCCCUUCGACCUCCUCGGCUCCUCCCGCGCCCUCCACCGCACCUGGCUCGGCCGCAACCUCUACUCCAAAGCCCUCACCCAAAACCUCAUCCGCGUCUUUAAAAAGCACUCCUCGAAACUCUCGGGAACCGACAUCUUCGAUGCCGGCAAACUCCUCAAAGCGCGGUAUUUAUACGAAUUCGACAACCUCCUCACCCGCGUCAUGUUCAAGUACCGCACCGUGCAUGAGUAUUACCGUAAAGCGUCGUCUGCGCAGUAUAUACCCGAUAUCCGCGUGCCGUUUUUGGUCCUGACUGCGUUGGACGACCCGAUUAGCCCGCCGGAGGUGUUGCCGUACUUUGAAGUGUAUGAGAACCCGCACUGUAUUAUGGCGACGACGAAAAGGGGUGGGCAUAUUGGGUGGUUUGAGGGGUGGUUUAGGACGAGUAGAUGGCAUCAGAGGCCGAUUGGGGAGUUUAUUGGGGCUAUUGUUGAGGUGGGUUGCGAAUUCUGCACUAGGGGUGUGUGCGGUCUGAAUGGUCUCUAA